AAUGUAACUUAACGCGACGACACUUCAUAGGGCAGUAUAACAUUCCAGAUCUUAAGAUAUGAUUUAGUGACUAUCGGUAAAUUAAAUUUGUUGGACAUCUUGACUUAUUUUUUUUGACAGAGUUGUGUCAGCUCACGCCUAAAGCCGUGUCUUCACCAACACUGUCGAUGGUAUAAUGUGUUUAAAUUGUGCAAUAUCAUAUACGGAAAUUAAUUCAGAAAAUGUAAAAUUAUUUGCAUUAGAAUCAAGUACAUACAACUGGAGCAGUGUUAACAUCUUUUCAGCAAACUUAUCAUAUUUCGUUCGUUUUAUUGGAGGGUAUAAGUUGUACAGUAUCAUAGCAGGAGAUUAAUUACGAGUAAUUAACCGAGUUAAAGCAGUCAUGUCUUGACUAACGUUGUGUUCUUGAUCUAUUAUAUAAAUGUGUUAAGGCAAAUUAAAUGUGCAGGAUCUUUCAUUCAACAGAAGGAUAUGUAUUACAUUACACGGCUAUAAUACUUUCAUCUUUGUGACUAAAAAAGGUGGCGGAUUGCAAUCAACGCUUCAAAUGGGGAGUGAAAAAACAACACAACAAACACAUGCAACAGUAGCAAAAUGAGAGACGCUAUUGAACAUAUAGCACAAACACGUUGCCAUAGGGAAAUCAUUCUGUUUCAACGAGGUUUUACGAUGUUGAUUACUUCUCUAUAAUAAUAUUAUCAAGGAGCAAUAACACGUCGACCUGCACUAGUAAAAGGGACCGUGAUAACUUGAAAACGCGUGAAUUUAAUUUUGUUAAAUACUAAUUCUAGAAGGAUUUAUCAGUACCAUUUGGGAUAAAGGCGAUGGCUAUCAUAUAUAAAAUACGACCGUGGAACUGUGUUAGCUUCGAAUAAACGUGCACAACGGAGAGGAGAUCAAUACUUAUUAUUUACAUAAUAACUGGGCUAUGUUCUUGCCAGCGACCGUGACAAUUGUAUUGAGUAAGAUCACGUGAAUAACUAAAAUCAAUAUCACGAUUUAUUGUCGAUUCUGGAGAGCAAAUUAAUUUGAUAUUUACUUUUAAUGUGAGUUUAUAAUUGAACUAUUUAACGGUAUUCGACGGUUUUAUUGAUGCAAUUGAAGAUAUUACCCGUGUUUCCCAAUGCAUUGUGCUGCUAACUUUAGUGGUAGUCACUGAAAUAGAAAAGUUAUUUUCUGUUUUUAAAAUAAGAUUUACUACGAUAACCGAUUCUGAUUAUGUAAAGUGUUCACAAACAUCGGCAUCAAAUUGAAAAAAAUAAUCGUAGUUAGCGCGUACGUUUUACGAUUUCGGAAUUUAAGUUAUUUGCGUAGGAAAUUCAUACAGUUUUGAUCUAAUUCUUGAAUAGUGUCAGCUUAACACAACAAUAAUAUAUUAUAUCUGGAAGCUCUAUUCCCAUGUCGAAAUGUUGUGCAUGUUCAAUUGGUUUUGGUAUUUAAAGUAUAUAACUGAAUUUAUCUAAUUCCAAUUUUUAUUCUUCACAAAAUUUGGAGCGGGAAUUAGAUAUCAAAGCAUGUUUUAAUUAUGAUGGGAAAUGGUUGUUGUAUAGUUUAAUAAGUUACCGCCCGGAUGAAUGUCAUUUUAAUACGGCUAGAUGUGGACUUCCGUGUAUAAAUGCAGAGAAGAGCCUGCUGUGUACUUCAAUAACAGCAAUCAAUCGGCACUGCAACUUUAUAAUUAAAGAUAGUCGUUUAGUGACGAUAUUCGUAAGAAGCAUAUGCUAAAAGGGAUCUGUGUAUGAUACAAAGACCAGAACACGCUGAGUGGGUUUUAGAUGUUUGGAGUUUCUGGGAACAUAUUUAAGGAAGAAUAACAUACGAAGACUGGAAAUGAAAUGGAAUUUAAGGUGUGUGCUGCUCGCAGCUUGCAUUAUGAUAAUUUUGUUGACGAGUCAUCAGUUCAUCUACGAUUACAAACAAUUCUCCCUCAACGAAAUCGACGCAUGGAUCGGACGCGCUGAACAAAACACGACACCAUUUUCCGAAUCGUUUCCGCUUCCGAGUGGCGUGCGCAUAUUCUCCGACGGAAGAGAAGUCCGCCAUAUUGCAUUCCUCAAAGUUCAUAAAGCGGCAAGUGGUACUGCAACAACUAUAUUUUUUCGGUUCGGAUCUGACCGAAAACUCAGUUUUCUGCGUCCAAAAUGGCUGAAUAUUGUAAGUUCCUCAGAGAGUAUUACUGACAGCCAGCUGAUCAAUCCUAACGACAAACCAUUUGAUAUUAUUACAAGUCACGUGAUUUAUAACCGGACGACUUUUGAACGUUAUUUGCAGAACGACACUGUAUACGUCGGUAUUAUCCGAGAGCCUUACAUACAGUUCAAGUCAAGUAUGAACUACAUGGCGCCGAAAUACGUGUACAAUAUUUCCAACGAAGAUCCCAUUCAACAAUAUCUCAGAGACCCGAUGAAAUACGAAGGUGAGCUUAAUCCGCGGCAGUCAUGGAUAAACAACAGACAGGCAGCCGAGUUUGGCACUCCAGAUGAAAUCAUAAAAAAGCGGAAUCUCACAGCUAUGGCGGAAUACGUCGCUAAACUGAGCAAAGAAUUCCAUCUAGUGAUUAUAGCGGAAUACUUUGACGAAUCUAUUGUGUUGAUGAAACGCAUGUUGAAUUGGAAAGUAACGGAUAUUCUUUACAGGCGGUUACACAUCCGAGGUUGGGACCGGGAAAUAACGUUCCCGCGCGCGCAUGACCGUCGGUUAUACCGGAAGUACGCUUUCGCUGAUUACGCAAUCUAUGACUUUUUCUAUCAGAAGCUUUGGAGACAAAUCUCCAACGCUGGCGAUGAUUUCUUUGCAGAAGUUCUCUAUUUUAAAGAAAUUCGAGAAGAAAUGGACGAUUUCUGCAAAGUGUACCCCAAUAUCACGGACACCGUAACACUACGAGCCAGUGAAUGGUCCCCGGAAAUCUUCGUGGAUAAGGAACUGUGUCGUAAAAUAUACUGGGAAGAAGAAGAUUGGGUGAAAUAUAUAAACUCUGACCUAUACUCGUACAAGAAAAGUUGACAAGUGCGUGUCCCUUAGUAUUUGACGAAGGGGAAUGAACAUAUUGAUACAUUUUUGGCUGUUUUGAUUUUAAUUGCCACUUGUUACAGUAAGUUUCUAUGUUGGUUAACAUCUUUUGUUGUGCAAAUGUGGAGGCUGCAACAGUUGUUAUUUGAUUCGAAAAAUGAACUAGGAUCUCGUUGCAUAGUCCUUAUUCGCGAAUUAAUUCUUGAAGAAAAUGUUGCUUUUAUUUUCCAUUAACUUAAGAAAUGUACGUUUUAUUUUUCUGAAAAAAGAUUAUAUCACAUGUGUUUAUCUUGAUUAUGGCAAAGGAACUGUUCUUAUUUGGUAUAAGAAAAUACGAUUUAAUUGUGAAAACACUAUUUUUUAGGUGGCAGUAAAAAGAUUUCCUGUUAUUGUUGCUUAAUUCUAUGCAUGUGUGACAUAAAAUCGACAGGACAUAAAAUAUUAAACAAAGA